AUCUCGCAUGAAACCUGAAAGCUAGUACCGGACCCAGCCCAUUCAAGAUGAGGCCUACGACGCGGUGCGUGGCGCUGAUAACGCUCAUCGUCGCCGCCAACGCUCAAUCAGUUGAAGAAUUGAAGGGCGAGUCAGUAGAAAGUGCCAGCACAUCCACUGGCAGUUCACAAGAAGAGGAACCCAAAGAGGCCUGGAUGCGGGCGCCAUCUGGCGGCGUCGCGGUCCGGAGCGGAGAAGAUGCCUUACUGACGUGUGUAGUACUGGGUGCUAAGGGAAAGCCGGUACUGUGGAGGAGAGCGAGCGACCGCCAGUUGUUGACCGCUGGCGGGGUUAGAGUUACUAGAGAUGACAGAGUUCGUGUAUUACAUGAUGACUCUGAAGAUCCAUUACAAGGCCCAGGCAUCGCCAAAGGUGGCGACGUGUGGGCGCUAGUCAUCAAGUCGGUGAAGGCAUCCGACGCUGGCUUAUACAUGUGCGAGCUGAACACAGAGCCGCCAGUCAGAAGCUUCCACAGACUGACAGUGAUAUCAAGAGGCCUGACUCCGCCCGAGAAUACCAACGUGACAGACAGCUACUCAGCUAACUUGCCAACGUUGUCACCGUUGGCGUUGGCACACAACUACACGGAUUGCUGCAUUGCUGCCAACGUCACGAAAGCAUGUCUGGGUUUCUGCAGCAUUCAGACGAUAUUGGAAGGCACUGGACAAGACCCGGAGACGUGUCAGCCUGAUUUCCCUUCUAUUGUUAAAUGCAUGGCCGACGGCCGUAACCACGUGCCGUGCUGCGUGCAAGAGCGCGUGCCCGACAUCUGCCAGGACGUGUGCCGCGGCGAGUUUACUCCGGUGACCGACAAUAUUAAGACGCACUACAGCUGCGCGGCGUAUAUGGAGAAGACUUUAGCGUGUAUUGUUGAGGGCAUUGAACUCCUCCCAAGCCCCCCAGAAGACGUUGAAGUGGAAACCCUCAACGAAAAACAACUGAAUGUAUCCUGGAACCCGCCAAUCGAGAACACAGACACCGUGACAGAAUACAUCGUUAACGUCACAGCUCUGCGCUCCUUCGAUGCCCAUCUCAUCGAUCCCUCGGAGAGCUCGAUAAAGAACAUGAGUGUAAAGAUGAGUCAGCCUGUGACGCACAGGAUACCGGCUAAUAAGACGUUUUUGGUGCUGAACGAUUUGCUGCCAUUCACGAUGUAUGAGAUUACGGUCACGUCGUAUAACGUGCAUGGAUCGAGUUUGCCCAGUUAUGCUCUAAGGUCACUAACCCUGACCCCCGGCAAGAUGAAGACCACCAAAGUGUCCCCCGCGCCCAAGCUGCCCGACGUUCGUUCGUGCUGUGUCAAUGCCGGCGUCAACCACUUCGGCUGCGUGGACAAACUGUGCGAUCCUACCAAAACUUUUGAGAUCGGGCUGCAGGUCACAGAUCUGAUGAUUUGUGCGCCGUGGGCCGGGACUACGUUCGGAUGUCUGGUCAAUGGGAUGGAUCACUCACCGUGUUGCCGGGCGAGGGGCUUGCCCGAGUCCUGUCUACCGCUGUGCAGUGGGAACGUGACUAAUCUCGACUUUAACCAUUUCAAGUGCCUCCGUUACAUGUCGUCGUACACCAACUGCCUGCUCCAAGGCUACGGCGUGCUCCCCGGUCCCCCGACCCGCCUGCACCUCACCAACAUCGACACGGACUAUGCCGUCGUACACUGGUCUCAGCCUGCGGCGCUGCCCGACACCGUCCAGUACUAUAAUUUGCACUACAAGGCGGUGGCGGCGGCGGACGAUUAUAGGGUGCUGGAGAAGAUCCAUUCACCGUUCAUCCUAGAGGACCUAGAAUCGAACUCCGACUACGAGAUCUAUGUGGAAGCAGUCAAUGAACACGGUGUGGGCGAUGCGUCCCCACGACUCAUAUUCAGGACUCAGAGUCAGGCCCUCGAAGAAGAAGAGGAACAAUCGAACUAUUACAACGUGACGGCGUGCUGCGAGCGCGUCGCCGUGGCCGGCGUGUGCAUGCCGCUCUGCUCCUACGACGCCAAGAUGUCCGACCUGAGGGCGCUGGCGCCGCUCUGUGCGCAGGAGUUCCAUAAGCUACUACGGUGUGGAGCUGGAGGUCGCAAUCACGAAGCGUGCUGCGCACGGCGCGGCGUGCCCGCCAACUGCCGCGGCGUCUGUGCCGGGGCUUAUACCGGAGGCAUAAACACCUGCGUGCCCUAUAUAGGGAACAUCGUGCAGUGCUUCGAAGAAGGUACCGGCCUCCUACCCGGCCCGCCGCGCGAGGUCCACGCGAUCGUGACAACCACUGGCGACAAGGCUACAGGGCUCUUGGAUUGGUCCGCGCCUGAAGACGGCGCCAACGCGACAUCCUAUGUCGUCCACUGGCAACGCGUUGGAAACAACUCUCAACCUUACUACUAUAAUACUCUGCAGUUGGACAAUCAAAUCAACACAACAGACAGCAUGGCCAACAUUGAAAACCUAGAAGUGAACGCGACGUACCAUCUUUUUGUAGUGGCCGUCAACGAACACGGCACCUCCCUACCCAGCAGUAUGCUUCUGAUCAACAUCACAUCUAACACGCAGGAACAAAGUGUGUCCGGCAUACCCUCGCCCCCGCACUCGCUAUCAGUGUCGUCACACUCGGCAACCUGGUUGACGCUCACGUGGCAACCGCCACAGUUCUCGCAUCCCGAUGAAAAGAUCUCCUACACACUGUACUACAAGUCACCAACACAACUAGGCCAAGGCAACGUGACCAUGAUCAACACAACUGUGCCUGGUCAUACCCUGGAGAAACUGACCCCGAACACACAGUACGUGUGCUGGGUGAAAGCUCACGCCGCUGCCGGGGAUUCACUGCCUUCGGAGACGCUUCUGGCCUGGACUGAUCCUGCUUAUCCAGCGUAUGUCGAGCCCCCGACUGUGAACCCCGUGAAUCUGGUGGUGGAAGGCUCCAGCAUGACCAUCCUCUGCAUCGCCAUGGGGACACCUACGCCUACCAUCUCACUGUACAUUUCUGGUCACCUGAUCCGCCAAGUGGAGACCAGACACAUGGUGACAGUAAUACACAACGUCACCCGUGACAUGGACCAGAUCUCGUGUUAUGCUGAUAACGGCUAUGGCACACCUAUGCAGGCCUCAAGGAAGAUCAAUAUUUCGCACGUCCCAACAAUCCAAGCGUCUGGCAUCACGAUGGCCGCCGCCGGUGACUCCGUGAUCCUAGAAUGCAGGGUCGAAGCCCUACCCAAGCCGACGAUUGCUUUUUGGAGAGACCCCAACGGACGGACGCCGGUCAUCGAUGGACCUAACUAUACCAUACAGUUACUAUCGGACCCUGAAGAACAAACCAAAUACACGAUGCGUCUAAUAAUAAAGAAGAUAGCGGACACGGACGAGGGCGACUACUUCUGUCACGCCGAGAACGCGUUUGGGAAGACUCUGCGACCGGUCUCGGUGCGUUUGAGGCCCUCGACGCCACAUCAUAACGUAACAGAGUGCUGUGCUCAGAUGAACGUAUCAUCGGCGUGUAUCGACGCGUGCAGUUUCCACCUUGAUAUGGACAACAUCAUGGACCGGCCAGAAUGCAUGAACGAUUUCGACAAGCUCAUGAAGUGCGCGGCUGACGGAUCAGAUCACCGCAGCUGCUGCGCUUCCUGGGGCGUCCCUCGCAACUGCCUAGAACUAUGCCGUGGCGGCACCGUCGCACGCUCAUGCGCGCUCCAGCAUGCGCGUCGCGCACUGGCGUGCUUCCGCGACUCCGGCGCAAGGCUGCCUGGCCCGCCGAGGAGUUUGAAGGCGCACGCCGCGCCUACACCGCACGCUGUGCUCCUUAGCUGGGAGCCACCAGCGAAGAAUCCGCAAACAGUCUACCUGUACCGCGUGUUCUGGCGUGCGUACGGCGCCAAAGUGCCAGAGAAGUUAGACACCAGUGAAACUAGUGUCGUGCUCACAGGGCUACAGGACGACGUUCGAUACGAAUGCGUCGUCAAAGCUGCGAAUGAGGCUGGUACCUCAUCCCUCAGCCAGUCCAUAAUGUUCACGACGGCCGGCCAGGAGACGGGCGCGGCGGCGGCGCCGGUGGCGGCGGGCGGCGCGGCCACCGCCGUGGGUGUGGCCGUCGCCUGCUUGCUUGUGGCGGCCAUAUUGGCUGCCGCUGCCUUGUAUUAUAGACAUAGAAAGAAUCUUAGACUAAAGGCCCAGGGUGGCGUUGCGUUCGAAAACCCGAGUUACCUCAGGGAACCAGCGCCGAUUCCUGACGCCACCAUUAUCAACGGUUCAGUACCAAACGGGAACGCCAACGGCGGAAACGGCGUCAUCAACGGCAACGGGGUUUCAAUGAGUACGGCGUGGCGGCAGGAAACGCUACAAAACCCCAGCACCGCCACACAACGGGAGGUCGAUCCCACGCUGUAUGAGGAGCUGAAGUUAGGUCAAGACGGCGCAGGCUUCAAGCGCCUGAAGCCAUAGCCGGCGGCUCGCGGAGCAUCUCCGCUGCGCUCCCCGCGGCUCUCCGCGCGGGUCGCGCCGCGGUACUAGCUCCGCGACCCGCACACAACCAGGACAUAAUAUGUCCAGACAAAACUGUGUAACUAAUAUACCAACGGUAUUACCUAUACACGGCCAAAGGCGUGUAAGCUUUAAGAUCUCAUGUACUUGAGAAACUUGGACGUUGGCUCCCGUGGCCGACUGGUCUACGGGUGAAGAUGCUACACUGUGGGACGACGCCAUACUUGUAAUUGGAUAUGAGAAUUUUCUGUAUUUAGACGAUAACUUUUUAUUGCCCUAAUAAAAAUCUAUAAAAUUUUGUAAGGAUCUUGGGAAUCUGUCUAGGACUAUUCCUCCCAAAUUUUACGAUUAUUUGUCAACACAAUAAAAAGUUAUCAUUGAAAAACAGAAAAUUCUCAUGUCCAACCACAAGUAUGGCGUCGUUCUAGAGUGUGCUGGUUUAAAUCCAGCCUCGGUUAAAGAAGGCCUUUGUCUUUGUUUAUUUAGUAUUUGACAUCUAUUUUCAAUUUUAUAUCAAUAGGAAAGCAUCAUAGAGUGAGACGCUUCGUAGUCCAAAAGUCAUAAGAACGUUAUGCAAUCCGAAAGUCAUCCGUGUGGCUUUAUUAAAGGCCAAUUUUACCUAAAAUAGUCACCCUUUUAUCGUCCAUUAUCUUGGCCGUCACUUAGUGUUUAAGUGUGAGAGUGACACAUAACACGAUAGACAAUAAAAGAGCAACCAACAUAUCCAUACAGAACUCACCGUGUAACUUAUUAUCUUUCAGUGUCGUGGUAAACAUUCCUCUUUGCAUCAGUUACAAUGCAAUAUGGACGAUAUUGGAUACAGUCUUCAGUCCAAAGGGCAUUCUCGUAAUUUGAUAAUGACCAUAAUUCACCUGCAGAAGUAUUAUACACUAUUGUUGUGCUACUUUAUAUUCAUAUUUUGAACAGCUUUCUGAUUUUGAAAAUAUCUUAGAUGAUGCAUUUUAUAGUUGGUCAAGCAAAUCUUGUCAGUAAAAAAAUGUAGGCGCGAAGGGAUGUCGUCCCAUAGAAAAUUUAAACUUCGCGCCUUUUUCUACUGACAAGAUUUGCUUGACGAACUAUAUAUUAAACAGUUCAUUUAUGUUGUAUUUUCUUGUACUAUGAGAUGACUGGAAAUUCAGACACUAUACUCGUAACAACCGUAUGUUACACGAGAACUUUAACUUUUUUAAUACACAAUAGUUGUAUGUUACAUUAGAAAAUUUAUUUAUAUCGAAUGUAUCAUAGAAGUAGAUAAUGGGAGUAAAGAAUGGACAUUUAUGAUUAAAAAAACUAUGGGUGACGGACUUGUAGUAUUGUCGUCUCGCUCGCUCACAUACAGUUAACGCUGCAACCAUUUUAAUCUUAGAUUUACGUUUUGAUUCCACCAAAUAUUAAUAUUUAGAAGGUUGUGAAUCUGAGAGGAGCCAGCGAGCAAUCCAAAUAUAAUAUAACGAUUUUAAACAUAGUUUGUGAAUGAAUCUCAAUAACUAUAGAAGUAAUGGUGAAUCUAAUUGUAUAUAUAUUUACAUAUAUAGAGAGAGACGAAUUAAAUAUGUACAGUAGUAAUAUUUUAAUACAAUAUGGAGUGGAAAAAAAUCUAAAAUACGUUACCAAGAAGGUGUAGAUAAUAAAAAUUAAUUUUAAUAUUAUAUUAAGUCAUAUUUGUGGUAUACUUGAUGUGAUUUAAACCAAAAAGCAAGUAACUUCAAAACGGCGAUUGUAAAUAUCCCUGAUAAUGUUGACUAAAAAAACAUUCAAUGUAUAAUUUAGUGUAAAAACGAUGGAACGAGAAAUACUAGUGUAUACAGAUGACAGUCAAGAUAUUGAAAUACCGUCGAGUUGCUUAGGUCUAUAUGAAACUCGUCAGGUUAUUUAGAAUGAUUUUGUCUCGCAGAAUGAUUUUAUGUUUUAAUGCGGAUAAGGGUACAAUCGGAAAAUUAGAUUUAAUUGACCUUAACUUUGGACAUGUCAACAGCAGACAAGUGACCCUAAUGCCUAUGUACUGUCCGCGCGCCAAUUCCGUGCAUUCGGAGGUCGAGGAAGUGGGGGGUGUGCGCCGCGCCCGUACGUACAAAAUCACACCACUCUGUCAUGACACCCAACAUUCCUAGCAUUCCUCAGCCGUGCACGGAAUUCGCGCGCGGACAGUAACUAAUACUACCAUACUACCUAUCGAAUGUCUUAUCCUUAUACAUAGUAUUUGUGGCUUUCCAUCAGAGAAGGGUACUUAUGCUUCAUAUGCAAUCAGAACGUUUCAUGGAAAGGUCCUUACUGCACAUUAAGCAUAAGGACCCUUGCGUGAUGGAAAGCCACAUUUGUUGUUACAAAAGUAUUUUACUAAACUUGGUUAGACCACGUAGUUUGAGUUGAAGUAAGUAGUUUUAUAGGAUUAAACUAGAUCACUCUAUUAAAAAAUGUGCCUUCAAACCAUUUAUGAAGUAGUGUUAAUAUAGACGACAGAUAUGUGAACUAUACUGGAUACUUAAGUCAAAGUAAUUUUGAGCACAAUUUUUUUUAUUAAGAUUUUUUCACUUUGGUUCAAAAAACAGUCUCUCUACAAAUUGAGUGGUAAACCCAUAGGCGCAUUAAAACUGUAUGUUACAUUUAAAAAUAUAUACAAGUACAAUUUUCCAACGUAGCAUACAGUUUUUAUGCAAGUUAAGGCAAAUGGCAGAUUUGUUAACAUCAUUUAACUUUCUUUUAAGUAUAUUUAGGUUUAAUAUUAUAAUAUUUAUAAUACUAUAUACAUAGUAAUUAAAUACAGACAUUCUAUUCAUAGAUAACAACAACACAACACACACAACAAUGAUAGUUCACAACAAUGUACAGGCAUCAUUUAUUUCGAUUUUAAUAUCCAGUGUAGUGAACCGGUCGAGUUUUAGAAAUAGUUGACCUUUUCGGCCUCUGUUUUUGUACCCAUCCUGAUGUAAAUAAUAGUCAUUUUGAAAAUUUUAUACAGUUUCCUUCUAUCUAUAGGGCUAUUCAUACAGAAACAAAAACAAAUACUUCAUGAGCUUCAAACAUAAAAUCAGUUGUAGUUAGGUGAUAAAACUAGUACCUACACUACUUAUUUGUUGCAAAACACAGCAUAUCAAUUGUAAGGCCUAUUUUUUAAUCUGAUAAAGUGUUAUUAAUUAUAACAGUGUUUCAAGAUAUUGUUUGUCAAGAAAAAGGAAUACUUUGAUAUUUUGUUUAAAAUUUAAAUACACACAAUUUACAUAAUUAUUAUUGUUUAUUUUUUAAUAUACAAGAUAUAUACAGUGGUACUACGUAAACGAAAUUAAUAACUAGCUUAAAUCUAAAAUAGGCCCUUGAGGCAUUGUACCAAGGAUGCUGGCGGCAUUUCCCCGCUGUAUCGCAAUGCUGAUACGUUGUGCGAGGAAGCCGCCAGCUCUUCGGUCACCAGUUACGUCAACCAGACGCUUCGCGAUUUCUGCAAACAACUUAUGCGCGCUGGGACCCCAUGGACCUAGAGUUUCAUUAUUUAAUUAUAAUAACUAUGUGGCAUCUAUGCUUGUGUUAAAUUAUUGCUUGUCAUUUGUUAUAUGUUUAUUCUCAAGAUUUGAAUGUAUUUUAUUACUUUAUAAAUAUUUGUUACUUUGUAUCUCUGUUUUUAUGCAUUUUUCUUUUAAAAUGUUCUUUCUGCUCAGUAUACGGUAUAUGUUGACAUAUGUUUGCUCAGGCGCAGCAAUGUGAUUAUAUAUAGAACAACUUAUUCUAAUAAUUUUAGAUGAAGACGGGUGUGACUAGAUUUGUAAAUAUCAAAUAAAAAAGCCAAAUACAAA